AUGGGCGAGAAGCAGCGCAAGUCGUUUGAUGGCCACGUGGCAGCCAACGGAACUCGCGUGAACGGCACUCGCAGGGCUGCCGUGAACGGCACUGACGCACGGGGCAGGCCGCAGCUGGAGGGAACUCGUGUGGCGGGAGGGAAGGGGCACGCCGUGAAUGGCACGAGGCACGUGAAUGGCACGAGGCCGCAGCGGGGUGGUGCUGCUGCUGGCGCUGGUGGGCUGCGCAAGGAGGACGGCGGUGCUGGUGGCAGGCGUGGUGGGCGAGGAGGCAGCGUGAUUGGUGUGGUGGGUGCGCGGAUGAGCGGCAAGCAGAUGGUGGGGUCAGCAGGCAUGGCCAAUGCCACGGGCCGCCUGGAGCUCACUCUUGUCAAAUGA